GACCUCCCUAUUCAGAAUGGAUGACCCUGACCAUAAAGACCUUCUUAUCCAGCAGCUGAAGGACAUUGUCAGGUCCAAUGAGGAGAUCCUCAAGAAGAAAGAAAAAGAACUAGAGGACAGUGCGGCCAAGUAUCAGAAGCUAAAGCUUCAAUCGAGAGCGAAGAUUGCUCAGCUUACAAACCAAGCGAAAGCCCAGCAAGAGGCAUCACUCGAAGAGGACCAAGGCGAAGAUGUGUCCAAGGCCACAACUCCACACCACGAAGCAUCUGCAGAGGCAUCGAGGGGGCGCGUCCGUGUCCUCAAGCAUCAGCUGGACGAGGCCAAGUCUCAGCUUCACAAGAAGGAGCAAGAGAUGCAGGCGUUGCAGCGAUCAUAUGAAUCCACUGUCGAGCGGCUGGAGCAGCAACUGCUUCAACGUGACCAGCUCCUAAUGGACAGUGCGGAGGCAUCUGGUGGCCAGGCACCUAAACAGGAAGAGGAGCGCCUGUAUGCACAGAUGGUUUAUAAGGACUCCAAGAUCCUCGAGCUGAACAACCAGAUCUUGGAGCUUGAGCGUCGGAUCCUGGACCUGCAGGAGAACCUCCGCGAGAAGGACCAGGUUCUGCAAGCGCGCAGCAAGGCAAUCCAGCUCAUGACGGAAGACCUCAGUCUUCGAAGCAAGACUGCUGUCGACGACCUUGACGACACGCGAGCCGAGAUGCGGCUAAUGCAGCAAAAUUUCUUGGAACAGGAGAUGUCGUGGAAGCAGCGCGAGGCAUCCCUCAACGCUGACCUCAGCUCCAACAAGAGCCGAGUGGUGGACCUAGAGGAAGGCUUCCGGAAGCUAGAGUCGACGAGGUUUCAGUUGGCAGCGCACAAUGCCGAACUCCAGGAGAAAGUAGUCCGGCUACAGGAGUCCGUCGAGAAAGCAAAGGCAGAUCAGGCGACUGCAUUCCAGGCCAAGAUUGAUUCUCUCACCAAGGAGCUGCAAGAAAAGACGACAGCCCUGGAGGAGUCGCAGAAGACACUUCAGGAGACGACGCGGGAGACCGACAACCGGAUACUGAAAGCCAGGGCGCUGGAAAGGAGACGAGCCAAGCAGUUCGAACGCGAGCUCCAGGAACUAAAAAAGGCAAGCUCGGAGGCUGCACCAUCGGACGUCACGACGCUACAGCAUCGCAUUGCAGAGCUUGAGGAGGAGAAAGGUGGGCUUCAACUCAAAGCCCUGGAGAUGGAAGACGCUCUCUCGUUGCAAGCCGCGAAGUUGGAGGAGAUGGCUGCCAAGGACAGGGUCAUUGAGGAGUUGAAGGGCCAGGUGAAGGCAGCGCGAGAAGAGAAGAUAUCGCUCGAGGUUCAGGCUGCACAGGUUGAAGAACAAAAAGAACUCGAAGAACAAAAGAUGAGAGAGUUGCAGCAGGAACUGGAGGCUCUCAAGGCGGCCGACGAAAGUGCCACGCCUGUACUCCAGCAAGAGUUGAAGGUUGCUCUCGAGGAAGAGGUGAAAAAGUUGAUCGUGCAGCGCGAGGAGGACUCAUCGACUAUCGCAGACCUAAGGCAGAAGCUUCGCUUCGUGGAGGAGCAGCUUACGUCUGCAACCACGCGAGCGGAUGAGCUAGACGGGAGCCUUCAGGAAGCGAGACACGAAAUUGAAGAAAAAUCCCGGGAACUCGAAAACAUGACCAAGGUUUGGGAACGAGAGCAGUCCGAAGUGGCUACGAAGUUGGCUCGGAUAGAGGAACUCGAGGCAGCUUUGAAUGACACUCAAGAAAAGCUUGAUGCGAGUGCAUUACAAGCACGAGAAGACGAUGAGGCCCGCAAGGAGCUGUUGGCGCAGUCAUCGGCAAAUAUGGCGGAGAUUGAUCGGUUGAGAGAAGCAUUAGAGAGGGAAUCUACAAGUCUCCAGAAAGCUCUUGAAGAUCUGCAAGCCACUCAGCUUGCGAGGGACGAAGCAAACCAAGCUUCAAAAACUAUGCAAGCAGAGCUUGAACUUCAAGUUAGAAAACUUGAGGAGCUUGGCAAUGUGCAGGCAAAUAGCAUUGACGCGCUGAAAGCUCAAUCAGGUGACAUUGAGAGGUUAGAAGUAGAGUUAAAAAGUAUGCGAGAGCGACUGGAAGCAAAGCAGCAUGAAAUUGAUGAAAUUACUUCUCGUGAAAGUCAGCUUAGAGUUGAACAUGAAACACUUAGAAGGAGCUAUGAGGAAACAAACGUCUCAAUCGAAGAUUUGCUUUCGUACAUUGGUGCAUCGAGCUUGGGUGAAGUAAAGGCCACAUGGGACCGCUGCAUUUCGGAAAAAGAAGAAACCCUUAGCAGGUGCCGUCAGGAGCUAAGCGAAGCUGUUACACGGAGUGAGCAGCUGACAUCGAAGGUCGAGGAGCUAGAAAGUGCUCUGAGGGAGGCCGACGCUUUGAAGGUGCAGCUGGCCACUGUGAACACGUGCCUAGAAUCCCUUUCUGUAUCAUCUGUUGAAGAGUUGAAGUCGAAGUGGGGUGCUCUGCACGAGAACCUCGACCUUCUGUCGCAGUCACAGAAGCUGGACAAAGAAGAACUGAACAACCGAAUCAAGCAACUCGUCGACGAGAAAGCUGAGCUUCAACAAGCUGUCGACGCAGGAGAGCAACAAGCUUCGGUGCUUGCUGCGGAAAUCAACAAACUGAGGAUCUUAAACGAGGAGUCUAGUGCAGUUGUGGCUGAAAGAGAGUCGGCACUGUCUGAAGCCCUCCGUAAGGUUGAAGAACUCCAGUCUUGUCUCGAUGCAGAGCGUUGCAAGACCGAAUCGAAGGUCGCGACUCUACUGGAACAGUGCACUGACCUCGAGAGGGAAGCGUCUGCUCUACAGUUACAGGUUGAAGAAAAAGAACACUCAAUGCUGCAUUUGACUGAGAGCCUUGCCUUGAGGGAAAAGGAGCUAGAGAAAAGUGUGCAAAACUUUGCUUGCCAGGAAUCAAGUCUUAAAGAAGCGCUCCAAGAACUUCAACAGCAACUCAGAACCAGCGAAGAACUGUUGUCGCAAACUACUAGAGAAACUGCAUCACUUCACGAAAGAUUGCAAGUUAAGGAAAGCGAGAUGUCGGCACUUCAUGCUGAGUUCACCAGCUCCGCUAGCACUCUUGAGCAAGUGAAAGCCGAGAACAAGUCCUUGGAUAACAAGCUCAAGAAGAUGCAGAAGAAAGUCGAGGCAACCAGUUCUAAGUACAAAGAAGCCGAAUCAGCCAUGAAAAACAUGCAGCAGAAACUCGAAGCUGCCAUUUCAGAGAAAACAGACCUUGAGAGGUCAUGCCUCGAAGCUGAGUCCUUGUUGAAAAGUGUACGGCAGGAGCUUGAGACCGCUCUUUCCUUGAAGGCCAAUAUCGAGAACCAGUCUGUCGCGCUCGAAGAACAGCUUGCACACGUCGAAAACGAGAAAACAAACAUCUGCCGACGACUCUCGGAGGCUGAAGAAAAAGCCCAGUUGGCAAAUGCGGAGUUGCACAAACUCGAAAACGAGCGAGCUAGUCUUUCUCAGAAGGUUGAAGACCUGCAGCAGCAGCUGUUGAACACUGAGUUGAACUGUCAAAGCAAAGGUGCAGAACUUCAGGAAUUUCUCGAAAAAGCCCAGAAGGAAAAAAAUGAGCUCAGCAACCAGCUGCAACAAUUCAACGAGGCACUUGCAUUGAAGAACAGUGAAAAUGAGGAACUGUCUCAAAAACUCUCUCGUCUUCAGGAACAACUCAACGAGACAACUCAGUGCAGCAAUGGGCUUAACGAGAAGUGCUAUCAAAUCACUGCGGAACUUGCGAACCAAGUGGCGCUCCACAACGCUGAAAAAGAACAGUUUCAACAGCAGCUAAGUGAACUCAAGAAGUCGUGUGAUGAUUCUAAGAACUUGCUGAGUCAGACGACAGCGGAGCUCGAGGAGACCCACAAGGCUCUCACAUCAGCACAGAAGCAGUUGCAGGAAUCGCAGCAGCUCAACAGCAGUAGUAAGGAGCUUAAUGGCCGGCUCCUGAAGGAAAUUGCAAGUUUGCGUGAAAAAGUGAAUGAAACCGAAGAAUUGGUCGAGAAAGAAUCUCGGGAGAAGUUACGGCUGCUUGAACAUGUGGAGAGCUUGAAGGAAUCUGUCACCGCAAAGGCAAAUGAGCUAGCACAGAUGAAAGUUGCCCUAAGCUCAAAGGAUGCAGAGCUGGACUCGCUGAGGCAGAAUGCAGAGUCUCAGCAGUCGGACUUGGUGGUCAAAGUGUCGGAGCUUUCGCGGGAUCUCCAGCAGAAAACAGGCGAACUUUCCUUGGCAAAAGCUGCAUUGCAGGAGCGAGACGCUCUCGUUUCGAACCUCAAAACCUCUCUUGAAGUGUCUGCACAGGACAUUCAUUCCCUAGAGGCAGCCAACAAAGAUCUCGUUGGCCAAGUUCAAGCACUGUCCACCAGACUCGAUGAGGCAUCAAAAGAUAUUGAAGUGAAGGAGCAGAGUUUACAAAAGAUGGCGGAGAACUUGACGUUGCUCGAGAACGGCCUCGACGAGAAAUCUCGCAUUAUAUCCGAGUUGCAGGAGGCCAACAGCAAGCUGGUGGAAAGCAGCACUGAGUUAUCUCGACGGGUAGAGGAAGCUGAUGGCUGUGUCUCCAGCCUCCGAGAAAAACUGGCCAGUGAGGAGAUGGUGCAGGCAACCUUCAGGUCCGAACUGGAGACGGCAAAGUCAGAAGCGGGCUUUCUCCUGCCCCAGUUGGACGAGCAGAGUAAGAUAAUCAGCGAAUUGGAGGAAAAGUUGAACACAUCCACUGACACAGAGGAAUCAUUGCUGAAGGAAGUUGAAAAGCUGCAGCUUGAGAAGCAGGCCUCGAGCAAUGCACUGGAGGAGCUUAAUGGCAAGUUGAAGGCAGCCGAAAACGAUUUGCACAAAUCCGACGAGAUGGUCGCUUCGCUGAAAGCCGAGGUUGAAAAGCUGCAAGCGCAGCGAGAAAGUAUGAUUGAACAGCACAAGGUGGAAAUGGAAAGCAGUGCAAAGGCCUUGUUGGAACUUUUAGAAAAGGAUAACCAAAUAGCUGAGUUAAAAGCUGAACAAGAAAGGCUAAAUGUUGAGCACGACAAAAAGAAGGAGCAGUUGGUCAUGCUGUCGGGGGAGAUAGAAAACCUUGUGGCGAUUCACGAUCAGCAGCUAGGGGAACUGCUUGAGGCUGAGUCCAGUGCCAGAGCAGAGUGCUCAAGUCUCACCGAAAAGCUUGCGGAUAAAGAGAGCGAGGUGUUCAGCCUAUGUGAACGCUUGGAAGAGCUGCGUUUAGAGAACACCCGGGCCAAGGAGCAGAUUGCCACGUUCUCAGCCGAGAUACAGAAUCUUGUGCAGAACCAUGACCAGCAGAUGAGGGAGCUUGCAGACACUAACUCCAAGGUUGAAGCCGAGAUGUCAGCCAAUGUGGCUAAGGUUGGUGAGUACAAAGAGCAGAUCCGAGAGCUGGAAGCCAGGCUGAGUGAACUGCGCCAGGAGAACAGUACUCUCAAAGAAAAGGUCGAGCAAGCCUCGAAUGAAGUCCGAGAAACAUGCAAGAGGCAUUACGACGAAGAGACUAGCCUUGUAGUGCAGAUCGAGCUACUCCGGGGGGAGAUAGAUCGUCUGGUUGUCUUCGAAAAGCAAUAUCAAGAGGUUGUUGAGGAGUUAACAAAGAUGAAGGAACAGUUUCAAAUCUCGAAGCAGGAUUUAGCUAUGCAGCAUGAUCAAGCUGACACGCCAGCAAAGGUUCCAGUAGUGGAAGAAACGAUAGUUCCAAAAGAGGCCCAGCUUCUCUACACAGCUGAAGUGGAUGUUGAAGCUUUGCGACAAGAACUCGAUGCAGCCAGGAUGGAUGUUCAAAUAGCCCGGGAGUCGGCUCAUUGCAAGGAACAGGACAUUCAAAGACUCACUGAAGACCUUGACUCUGUGAAGAAUAAAUUGGAAGAGGCACAGAGGCAGCUGAGAGUGAAGCACGAGGAAGCAAGGCAUGUUGGUAGUGCGACGGAAGAACCAACUUCGGAAGCUCAUGAAGAUGAAAGCAGACAGACCCUUGAAACAGAGUUGAAGAAGCUUAAGCUCGCAUUCAAGAAGUCGAGAGGAGAGCUGAGGCUGAAGGUGAAAAUACUUGAAGACAGGACAAAAGAAGUGCAAAGCCUGAAAGAACAGAACAGCUGUUUACAGAAGGAACUAGAACAGCUGACAGAGGCUCUAGCCAAUGAAAGAACCAAUCUGAAGACGCUUGCGGAGGAACUUAAGCAGAGGGACAUGGAGAGAGUGCAGUUUUCAUCAGAACUUCGUAGCCUGAAGGAACAUUUAGAUCUUGAAAUAGAGAAAAACGAGAGCCUGUCCAGAGAGUUGCAGGAGGCUAAUGCUGAGGUGUACAACCUCCGAGUAGAAGUUGGAGAGUUGAGGCUACAAAGUCCGGCAGCAGGUUCGCGGGAAAGAGAGGUCGAGGAGCUGAAGAAGCAGCUGGAGUUUGCAAGCGAAGCCCUCAAGGCAUUGUCAGCAGAAAAUGAAGUCCUCAAGGCCAACAUUUCUCAAGACACCGAGCACCUUCGAUCAGAACUUCAGUCGUCCAAGGCUGAGCUUGAGCGGUUAUCUGUGGAGCACGAGGAUGCCCUCAACGUGAGCCUGAGCCGCGAACGAGUACUGCAAAACGAGCUGGACGCAGCCACUGAGCUCAUUCAGCAGCUGCAUUCAGAACACGCAGACUUUUCGCGAAAGAAGAGUGAAGAAUUUGGACUUCUGCAAGGUCAGCUGGAGUCUCUGAGCGGAGACCUUACCAAGCAGCUUGAAAUUGUAGACUCCAAGGUGGAAGAAGCUGAUGCACUACAGAGCAAGCUCCAGACAUCUCAGCUUCAGCUUGAGAAGUUUUCUGCCGAGUACAGUAUACUGCAGGACGUGCUUCUUCAGGAAUGUGGCGAGCGCCCCCCGGGGGACAUGACUUUCAUGGGCGCUGAAUUCAGUGCUUUCGAAUAUCUCAAGUGGCUUCUCGAGAGUGUCAGGAAAAGGAGAGAGGCGCUUGAAUCUUCGCUUGCAGAAAAGGACCAGCAACUUUGUUCUCUUCAUGAGAGUGAACAGUCUCUUCAGGAGCAGGUGUCUCAAGUGCUGAAAGGACUAAGUGGGGUUUUGGCUAUGAUUACGCAAGACAUUGCGGAUUCAGAUAGGUUGGAAGAGGAGCUAAAGAUUGCUGAAGAUUCAAAAGACCUGCAAGCAUUGUUGCGAGCAGUCAGUGAACAUGUUCGCUCCCUCAAGAAUGCUAACAGCACACUUUUGAAAGAGGCGGAGAACUUGAAGCUGUCCUACGAAGAGAUGAAUGCGAGAUUACAGGUAUCGGCGACUGAAAAUGAGCACUGGCAGCUCAGAUACCAGGAACUGCUGGAGGUGUUUGAAAAGAAAGGCCUCGCAGGGGACAAUGUCACAGAUAUUACGAGAAUGGACAAGUUAUUGCAAACCGAUGCCAGUAGCGAGUCCUUGAAAUCGGACAAGUCACUUCAAACAGAUGUUGAUGACGACCUUGCAAAAGAAAAGGGUCAAGAAGAGUGUUUGUUGGAAAAAGAGGAGCUCCUGGCUGAGAUAGCCCUACUGAGGGAAGAGAAUGCGGCAUUGAAAGUGCAGCCUCCAGUCCAGAACAUGGGUGAUGGCGACAGGCUUAGCUCCGAGCUUGCUGCCACCAAGCAAAAGUCUGAGAAGAUGCUGGUGAAGUUGAAGUUGUUCAAGGACAAGAAUGACACACUUGCCAAACAGCUGAACGCACUGCGAGAGUCACAUGCUGAGCUCGAGCACACCUUGCAGAGGAAAUCGGAUGAAGUGGGUCAGCUCGAACGGCAAUGCUGCUCACUGCAGGAAGACCUGCAGAAGUCGCUCGCGCAAGGCGAGCACGCUGAAUCUCUCGCUCUGAGUUUGGAUCAGGCCACAGCCAGGGCUAGGGAGGCUGAGGCCGAGUGCAGCAACCUGCGCGACAAAAUGGGUGAGCUGCUCGACCAGAACGACAGGCUGGAGAUCGAGUCUCGGCACCUGAAGUCGGAACUGGCGAGCCUGAAGGAGCAGGCCGACAUGCUGGCUAGUGACAAUGAGGCCUUCCAGAACCUCGUCGAGAACCUGAAGCGAGCCAGGCAGAACUUAGAGCAGGAGCUGAAGGCUCAGCACGAGCAGCAUGCCAAGGUCAUCAAGGACCUCGAGAACAGGUACCAAAAGCAGCUCGAGGAGGAGAAAAGCAGCGACGCGGCUGCUACCCUAAAGCGGGACUUCUCCCAAAUUCAGGAGAAAUACAACCAGAUCCUGUACAGGCACCGCGACCUCGAGGAGGAAUUCCAUGUUGUCGUCGAAGAGAAGAAGAAGCUGGAGGCCAAGUGCACACAACUGGUCGAAGACUGCUCAGCGGCAAACCAAGCGCUCGCACUAAUGGAGAAGCAAGGUUCCGCUGGACACAAGACCUUCCAGGAGCUGGAUCUGCUUAGGCAGGAGCACCAUCAGCUCCAGGAACGGUUCCACCAGCUCAAGAGUUCACAACUGAAAGCUGAGGAGCGGCUUGUCCAGUCUGCGAGCCAGGAGUCACUCUCAAUCAAGGUCAAACUCGAGGAGGCUCACCGGACAAUUGAGGAACUGAGGGCCGCAAAGGACCAGGCCACGUCCGAAGAAGUUCGUCGUCUGCAGACACAGCUGGAUGAACUCAACCAGAGGCAUGCUGCCCUGGUGGAACAGUCUCAGGCCAAGGAGGGCCGGUGGAGUCAGGAGCGAAAGCAGCUGAAGCACAUAGAGGAGCACCUCAAGCAGGCAGCGCGAGAGUUGAACGGUGAGCUUGCGGAGUUGAGGGCUCAGCACGAGGAGGCGCUGAAAAGCAAGCUGGACUUGCGGACUCAGAUAGAGCAGGCACAGAAAGACAACCGGGCCUUGACACAGCAGGUGCACAACUGGAGAAGCUACAUCCGGGAUUUUGAGAACGGCAAGAGCGAACAGAGUCGAGAUGCGGAAGUGGAGAGGCUGCGUACAGAACUGGAGCAGACGGCGACGCAGCUGCACCAGCUGGGACUUCGCAACGAGGAGAUGUCGGUUGACCUUAGCAAGGUGUUAGAAGAGAAGAAUGGCCUCAAGCAGCUGUUGGCUCACACACAAGAUGUCUUGCGGCAUCGGGAAGCACAGCUGCUGCGUUUGCAGUCGCCACCGUUGAGCAGAGAUGGCGUCCAUGUAAUUGAGAUGGAGGGCUCGCCACAACCUACUGGUGAUGCAGCUGCCCUUCAACAUAGGUUGCGAGAGCUAGAACACGAGAGGAUCGAGCUGGAACAGCGGGUGCAAGAACUGUCCGAGAACCUGCGCAUUGAGCAGCAGCGGCGCCACCUGCUCGAGGGUGAACUGGGAGAAAUCGAGUGGGGUGUGCCAGCACUUCCUUCCGGACAUUCACUGGACAACGAAUCGCACCAUCUGUUGCUGCACGACGACGUGAUCAAGAUUCCGGCCACUGACUACUCUAUCACUCGUCAAUUUAUGUCGCACGCAUCCAAGCUUCGUAGGUGGCUACAGGGAAGGCAAAGAAACUGCCGGCUCGCGAUUCGAAGGCGCAAGUACGGCCAGAUCACGCUGGGCCUCUACCUCGUGCUGAUUCACGUCAUACUCCUCGCGUACCUCGUGUGAAAGCACCAUCGUUGGACACAGGGUCAACAGUCACACAACUGAAAAACACCGGUCCCGACAAAAAUCGCACAAGCCUAAUGAGGAUCGCACAACGACCUGUUGUGUUCGUACAGCAUAGUACUCGUUAACCUUCUACGCAAAUGAUCUACACGGAAAACACUGCAAGCUCAUCGCUACUUGGCAUGCAGGUUGACUAACGAUAAACUCGACGUUGGAACUUCUUCCGGAGCAUUUGGUGACAAUGAAGACAGACUGACAAGUACUUUACAUUUUUUUUACCCACUUAGCGCCAAAUGUGUGCCUUCAUUUUCGUGAAGUGACAAUUCGGGAGUGUCCCCUCGCGUGUCGUGCUUGCAAAUCGGAAGUGGUGCUAUGGCAUACGUCUAGUUGGCAAAGAAAGUACAACUGCCACACUGUGUAAUAAUGCGAGGUCUGACUGCGUCACCCGGUCCCUCGUCGUGGGCAGAACUGAAAACGUGAGGUCUGAAAACAUGAAGUCUUGUUGCAUUGUGUGAAAGCUGUGUAUGUUUGUAUGAAUGUUGUACUAAUAGAUGCACUGUUUUGUGCUAACGUCGUUUACAGACCGACAUGCAUUUUCCCCCUGUGAUGUCACCCUCAUUCGUCUCUUUUAAGCUUUUUCUUUUAUAUGCAGACUUCUCAAAAAGGCUGUCAACGUUCUCAAUUUUUUCUGAUGAAGUACUACAUAAGCCUCUGAACUAGGAGUUCAUGGUAGUGGUGUUGCUUUGACUGUGGCAACAAAAGAAAUAGUGCGGCUAUGAGCUUUUAUAUUGCAGCUGUGGUUUGUAUGCAUUGCAGCAGAAUCUUGCUUAGUGGAGGCAUGGGACCAGCUAGACAGAUGUACAUUUUAGGGCAAAGCAAAUAAACAAUUGUGUACAGUAU